UAAUGGAUGAGACCACCCAUCUUGAUUGAUUGUGCUUUGGAUCCAUACAUCCUUUGAACAUGUAUGUAUCUGAAUGUAUGUUAGGCCUUAAUCGGCGAUUAUUUUCCAUAUAAUUUCAGUGUGGGAGCUAAAUGCUUCUAUUCAUGAGAUAUUUUUAAUCAUUGCAGGAGUAUAAAUAGUCUGUGUGUGGCUGGCUGCUUUUCUCACUGCCUUAAUAUUUUCUCUGUAGUUCGAAUUCAGGACAGGUUGACCAAAUGGAGACUCAGGCGACGAAGAUACCUCAGGUGAAACUGAGAUCAUCCUCUGGAAAUCGGGACAUGCCAGUGAUAGGAUUGGGCACAGCUGCCGACCCAUUUAUUGAAUCCGCCAUGAGAGCAGCGAUCCUAGACGCCAUCAGCCUUGGAUAUAGGCACUUUGACACCGCCGCCGUGUACGGCUCAGAGAAAGUUCUUGGGGAAGCUAUUGCUGAAGCACUUAAACUUGGCCUCAUAGGUUCUCGACAGCAACUCUUCAUCACUUCAAAGCUCUGGCCCACCGAUGCGCAUAGUGAUCUUGUUGUCCCUGCUCUAAACAAUUCUCUCAGGAAACUUCAAUUGGAGUAUCUGGAUCUCUAUCUCAUUCACGAGCCUAUCAGUUCUAAGCCAGGAAAGUAUGAAUUUCAAAUCCCUAAGGAGGAGCUUCAACCAAUGGACUACAAGUCUGUGUGGGCAGCCAUGGAAGAGUGCCAGAGGCUUGGCCUCACAAAGUCCAUUGGUGUGAGCAACUUCUCUUGUAAGAAGCUUGAAACUUUAUUUGCCUCGGCUACCAUUCCUCCUUCGGUAAAUCAAGUGGAGUUGAGCCCAGUGUGGCAACAGAGGAAGCUUAUAGAAUUUUGCAAGACCCACAAUGUCGUUGUUACUGCUUACUCUCCUUUGGGAGCAAAAGGCACCAACUGGGGCAGCAAUCUUGUUAUGGACAAUCAAGUGCUGAAAGAAAUAGCAGAGAAGCAUGGGAAGACUGUUGCACAGGUGGCUCUGAGAUGGAUAAUAGAGCAAGGGAUAACUCUUGUUGUGAAGAGCUAUAAAAAAGAGAGACUGAAAGAGAAUAUGGAGAUAUUUGAGUGGGAACUGUCAAAGGAAGAUAAGGACAAGAUCAGUCAAAUCCCACAGCAAAGACUCAGGCUUAAAGAGGAAUAUGUCUCCCAUGAUGGACCGUUCAAGUCCAUCGAAGAGCUUUGGGAUGGAGAGCUUUAACGUUAAAACAUAUGAAAAUAUAAGUGAGAAUUUAUGGGCUUUUGUCCAGAAAAUAAUACGCUUGUAAGGCUGUAGCCUGCAAUGCUCUUUAUUUUACCGUUGCUGUAUUUUAUGCUUUUACGGUGUUCUGAGUUGCUCGGAGUUGUUUUCA